UUCCAUUACGGCUCUCCCUUCCCCUUUCCCUUUCCUGCAAUUACUGCUGCCUGCUCGCAAACUUCCCCUAACAUGCUCCUCGCCGCGUUUCCCGUUCUGGUUGCUCCCGUAUUGGUCUUCUUCUGAGCUCCAGCUUCCUUCUUCUUCUUCUUUCUUGAGCCGCCGCAAAAAUCAUGGCGACUCUGGAGGACAUUGGCGUCUCUGCCGCCAUUAACAUCCUCUCAGCUUUCGCCUUCCUCCUGGCUUUCGCCUUCCUCAGAAUUCAGCCCAUCAACGACCGCGUCUACUUCCCCAAAUGGUACCUCGCCGGCGCCAGAACCGGCAGCCCCGGCUCCGCUGGCCGGGGAGUCAUCGGAAAGUUUGUCAACCUCAAUUUCGCUACUUACUUCACUUUCCUCAACUGGAUGCCUCAGGCCCUGAAGAUGAGCGAAGCCGAGAUUAUCAACCACGCCGGCCUCGACUCCGCCGCUUUCCUCCGGAUUUACAUUCUUGGGCUAAAUAUCUUUGUACCAGUGACACUAUUGGCACUCCUGAUUCUUAUUCCAGUCAAUGUAUCAAGUGGGACACUGUUCUUUCUGCGGAAAGAUUUAGUUGUGAGCGACAUUGACAAGCUAUCGAUAUCGAAUGUGCGUCCAAAAUCCAACAGAUUUUUUGUCCACAUAGGCUUGCUGUAUGCUAUCACAUUUUGGACAUGUUGUAUGCUGUACAAGGAAUACAGCUACGUAGCAUCAAUGAGGCUGAGAUUCUUGGCCUCGCAGCAGAGGCGUGCUGAGCAGUUCACUGUGGUUGUCAGAAAUGUUCCACGUGCUUCUGGUAAGUCAACGUCGGACUCAGUGGAUCACUUUUUCCAGAAAAACCACCCUGAUACUUACCUUUGUCACCAGGCUGUCUAUAAUGCAAAUAAGUUUGCUAAACUCGUAAGGAAAAGAGAUAGGCUGCAGAACUGGCUGGACUACAAUCAGCUUAAGUAUGAAAGGAAUCCUGAGAAGAGGCCAACCCGAAAGACAGGAUUUUUGGGCCUUUGGGGCAAACAGGUUGACUCCAUUGAAUAUUACAAGCAUCAGAUAAAUGUUCUUGAAAAAAGAAUGGCUCUGGAGCGCCAGAAGAUUCUCAAAGACUCGAAAUCAAUAUUGCCAGUUGCCUUUGUUUCAUUCAAGUCACGUUGGGGGGCUGCUGUUUGUGCUCAGACACAGCAAAGCAGGAACCCUACUUUAUGGUUGACUAAUUGGGCUCCAGAACCACGAGAUAUUUACUGGCGUAACUUGGCCAUACCAUUUGUUUCAUUGACUAUCCGGAAGCUUAUAAUAUCGGUAUCUGUUUUCGCAUUGGUUUUCUUCUACAUGAUACCCAUUGCUUUCGUGCAAUCUCUUGCAAAUUUGGAGGGCCUUGAGAGGGUUGCUCCAUUUCUCAGGCCAGUAAUAGAAUUACAUAUCAUCAAGUCAUUCCUUCAAGGUUUUCUUCCCGGGCUGGCUCUAAAGGUCUUCUUGUACAUUCUGCCAGCAAUUCUAAUGAUAAUGUCCAAAAUCGAAGGUUUCAUCUCUGUAUCAAGUCUUGAACGGAGAUCAGCAGCAAAGUAUUAUUAUUUCAUCUUGGUGAAUGUAUUCCUAGGAAGCAUAAUUACUGGAACUGCUUUUCAGCAGUUGGAUUCUUUCCUUCACCAGUCACCAACAGAGAUCCCGAGAACUAUUGGAGUUUCCAUCCCGAUGAAGGCUACCUUUUUCAUCACAUACAUCAUGGUCGAUGGCUGGGCUGGAGUUGCUGCUGAGAUUCUCAGAUUGAAGCCACUGGUGAUAUUUCAUCUGAAGAACCUGUUUCUGGUUAAGACUGAAAGGGACAGAGCGAAGGCAAUGGAUCCUGGCAGCGUAGCGUUCGCUGAGACUCUGCCUAGCCUUCAAUUAUACUUCCUGUUGGGGCUUGUAUAUGCAGUUGUCACCCCUGUCUUGCUCCCCUUUAUACUCGUGUUCUUUGCCUUUGCAUUCUUGGUUUACCGUCACCAGAUUAUCAAUGUGUACAAUCAACGGUACGAGAGUGCUGCAGCAUUCUGGCCGCAUGUUCACAGCCGGAUAAUUGCAAGCCUGCUGAUAGCUCAACUCCUGUUAAUGGGCUUGCUCGGCACCAAGAAGGCUGCCAAUUCCACUCCUUUACUAGCCAUCUUGCCCAUAUUGACAUUCUACUUCCACCACUACUGCAAGCAUCGAUUCGAACCAGCAUUCAGAAAAUACCCACUUGAGGAGGCCAUGGCGAAGGACCUUGCGGAAACUACUGCAGACUCUGACCAAAACUUAAAAGCAUACCUGUCCGAUGCUUUCCUACACCCGAUUUUCCAUUCAUUCGAGGAACAAGAGUUGGUUGAAGUGAGAGUAGACAAACAACAGAGACAGGCCACUAAUGCCCAGAUCAGUGAAGUCAGCCCUCCAUCGCCGCUGCAACCAGUUCACCAGUCUUCUUCUUCCCCGCCACCACAACAUGAAGAACAUGAAGAUAUCUAUUAUCAACCUUCCAAUCCUCAGUAUCAAUAUGAUCCUUCAGUUCCAUCUCAUUACACCUAUCAGCCACCCCAUUUCCCCCAUUACGCCUAUCAUUAUCAAGAUCAACCUUGAUCAAUAAAAGCUUAUCGGUCAUCGAUCAGCUUCGUAGAUAAAGAAUCGCUAAUUGUCUCGACUCUUUCUUCCCCCCAACCUCAACCCUCAGUUAUGAAGUAUGUCUGCAGAAGAAAAUUUCAGCAUGGAAGAUGGUUUUCUCUGCAUAGUAAAGAAGCCCUAUUAUUCCAUGGUGGUUUUCAAGUGUUCCAUAUGUAAUCUGCAACUCUGCAUACAAACUUAUUCAGCCUCGGUUAUUGCUUUUGGCAUUGUUGGUAGUUAAGCUAAAAUCGUCAGCCAGUUCUCUUCUGUUCUGUAUGUUCUCUUCUGUACAUAUAUCGUGAGUUCUGAUUAUCGUUGCUAAAAGUUUGCUUAACAUCUUAAUU